CGCGUGGCGCGCUCGGCGCGGCGCGACAUCUCGACGUACCGCGCGUACCGCGACGUCACCGUGCUGCCGUACGCGGUGCCCGAGCGCGCGCGGCUCGCCGUCUUCUCGUUCACGGCCACGGAGGAGAUCCGCACGGGCCUGGGCUCGUGCUCGCCGCGCAACGUCACCGUCGACCUGCGGCCCGGCAGCUUCCCCGUCGUCAGCCCCGACGGCGCGCUCUUCCCCGACGACUUCGCGCCCGUGCUCAGCGGGCCGUGGUAUGCCGGCACCGCGCUCAGCGACGGCCGCGCCUUCGCCGUCAACGUGACCUACCCGCUGGCCGGCGACUGGUACGUCAUCGCCUACGUCAGCUACACCGACCCCGACGACGACAAGAUCACGCAGCAGGGGCUGACCGCCUCGUGCACCACGUUCCUCGAGUCCACGCUGGACGUGCUGCAGGCGCCCGCUGACGACAUCGCCGUGCUGUCGAUAGGCCAGCCGCUGCCGCAGCAGGUGGAAGCCGCCGUGGGGCAGCCGCUGCUGAAGGAAUACUCGGUGUACGUGCCGGCCGCCACGUGGGAGGUCACCGUCAACGUCACGGUAGAGCGCUGUCAAUCGGGGUGUCCCUCGAUCACGGUUCUGCUCCGGGCCGGCGGGCUCCCCACUAGCGAGGAUACGGGCGACAACAGCACACUGACGAAGACCUGUGACAAUGAAGAUACCGUCUCGGCCGAAGACUGCAUCUUGAGCUUCGCCCCGUGGGAGGAGAGUUGGCACUAUGUGGCGUUGGUACUGGACCUGCCCGAGAAAUCGUCCAAGAGGAACGUCAGCGCGGUGACCUUCUCCGUAGACGUGUCGACUGUGCAGACGGCGAUUUCCCCAUUCUUCCUAUUGCUGAACACCAGCGACGUCGCGGCGCCGGCCGGCAACGCCUCCGCCACGCCAACUGCGCUGGCGGUCGGGGAGGCGGCGCGCUGCGACGAGUGCUGGCCGCAGGUGGCGCUGAUGAAGCAGUCGUACCCGCCGUUCUUCAUGCUGAACUACGUGCUGGUGCCGGGCGCAGACGGGAAGUCGCCGCCGGCGCUGAACGUGACCACCGCCGGGCCGACGGUACUGGGCUUCGCGCUGCGCCCCGUCUCCGAGGUAGGCGGUACGCUGACGGUCCAGCUGCAGCUGCAGUUGGACGCGCAGCUGCGCAACGCCACGGCCCGCGGCACCGGCUUCAACGUGACUGUGGUGGCGUGCGUCACGCACGGCACGCGUGCCCAGCCGCUGGCCGGCGAUCUCUGCGUCGCCCCGGGCUUCUCGUCGGGCAUCCAGGCGCCGCUCGCCGUCAACUCGACGAGCAGCAAGGCGGCCGCCGCUAAGGUGCACAUACCGUUCCCCGCGCCCGGCGCCUGGUACCUGUCGCUGCAGCCGCUCUGCUGGGCGCAGGCCAACGGCUCCGUCAGCUUCCUGCAGUGCACCGGACUCACCCAGGUCGCCGUCUCCUUCGUCAUCGACUCGGAGGCGUGCGGCCCGGACAUGUGCGGCGAGUACGGCCGCUGCAACAACUACCUGAGCGGCGGCGUCAUCUUCUCGUCGUGCGCGUGCGCGCACGGCUACCGCGGCUGGGGCUGCACCGACGCCUCGGCCAUGACGUCGACGAGCGAGCUGCUGGUGGCGGCGCUGCUGCUGACGCUGUCCAACCUGUUCUUCGCGCCGGCCGUCGUGGUGGCGUGCCGGCACCGCUACUGGACCGAGGCGCUCGUCUACACGGCCACCAUGUUCUUCUCGACCUUCUACCACGCGUGCGAGGCGGGCGAGGACGUGUACUCGUGGUGCAUGAUGCCGCUGGGCGUGCUGCAGUUCUGCGACUUCUACACGGCCAUCCUGGCCGUCUGGGUGACGCUGGUGGCCAUGGCGGACGUGCACCCCACCUUCCGCAGCCUGUGCCACGUGGCGGGCGCCAUCGGCAUCGCGCUCGGCACCGAGUACGACCGCACCUCGCUCGCCGUCUUCAUGUUCCCCGUCCUCGUCGGCGUCGCCAUACUCGGUGAGUCUGCUAGGCAGGCGUUGCACGUUCUGCCAUUGCAUCGAAACACAUAG